AUGGAAGGUUCAUAUUUUACAUAUUCUCUAGCCCGUAACAUUCUCCUAAUAGCAGUUUUCUUCACUUCCUCCAUUAGUUUCAUCUCCGCCCUUGAGAAAACAAAUGUCGAGUUCAUCAGAACAUCAUGCGGUUUGACAACUUACCCUACACUCUGCUUCAACUCAUUGUCAAGUCGAUCAGGUGCAAUCCAAACAAGCCCAAAGCUACUAGCCCAAGCAGCUCUAUCAGUCACCCUCGACAAGACCCGCACCACAUCCACAGCAAUGGUAAAAUUGUCACAAGUGCAUGUCAUGGCUCCCCUUGAGGUUGCAGCCAUGAAAGACUGCAUUGAGUUGCUGAGUGACGCGGUAUACGAAUUGAAAAAAUCAAUUGAGGAGAUGCGUCGGCCGGGUUCCAAAAAUACCCGGCAAGUGAUAAGUGACAUACAAACAUGGGUGAGUUCUGCAAUGACGGAUGAAGACACUUGCGUGGAGGGGUUUGUGAAUGACACGAAAAUGAAAAAUGUGGUGAGAGGAAAGAUUGUGAAUGUUGCCCAUUUAACCAGCAAUGCUUUGGCUUUAUUUAAUAGCUAUGCUUCUCUACGCGGAUAA